UGAAAAAACCCCAAAUCAGAAGAAACUGAAAAAAAUGGCCGGCGACAAUUCGACGGAGGCGUCAUCGAGUAGGAAGAACUCCCUAGGACUGGAACUGCCCAUCUUCCAAGGUAAGGAGGAGCCAGAGCCGACGGAUGAAUCGGGAUUUGAUUUGGAUGCUGCUGAUGAUGGUUCACUUCGUUUUUACAUCCUCGACGCUUACGAGGAGGCUUUUGGCGCGAGCAUGGGCACAGUGUAUCUGUUUGGGAAGGUUAAAACGGGAGAUACGUACAAGAGUUGCUGUGUUGUAGUUAAGAACAUGCAGAGAUGUGUUUAUGCUAUUCCAAAUGAAAUGGCAUCUGGACUGAAGAACGAGAUUUCUCAGCAACUGUUACGACUCGACGUUUCGAAUUAUAGCAUGGCACUUGUCAAGAGAAGCUAUGCAUUUGAGAGGCCUGAUGUGCCAGCUGGCGAGCAAUAUGUUUUGAAGAUAAAUUAUCCAUUUAAGGAUCCUGCACUUCCAGAAGACCUUAAAGGGGAGUCUUUUUGCGCUGUGCUCGGCUCUCACACCAGUGCUUUGGAGCUUUUUAUACUUAAAAGGAAGAUCAUGGGACCUUCUUGGCUGAAAAUUUCAAACUUCUCUACUAGUUUAGCUUCUCAACGAGUGAGCUGGUGCAAGUUUGAGGUUACUGUUGAAUCUCCGAAGGCUAUCACUGUUUUAGUCCCGGAGGAAAAAGUGGUUCAUCCUCCUCCUGCUGUCGUCACAGCUAUAAACUUAAAGACUAUAGUCAAUGAAAAGCACAACAUCACCGAGAUUGUUUCGGCCUCUGUUCUCUGUUUUCACAACGCCAAGAUUGACGCUCCAAUGCCAGGUCCAGAAAGAAAGAGAUCUGGUGUUCUGUCUCAUUUCACUGUCGUUAGGAAUCCUGAUGGAACAAGCUACCCAAUUGGUUGGAAGAAAGAAGUGGCUAACAGAAAUUCAAAGAACGGCUGCAGUGUUUUAAGUUUUGAAAACAGUGAAAGAGCUUUGCUGAACCGAUUGUUUCUGGAGUUGAACAAAUUGGACAGUGAUGUUCUUGUGGGGCAUAAUAUAUCAAGGUUUGAUCUGGAUGUCCUUCUCCAAAGAGCCCAGAAGUAA